CAAUCCACAACGAUGGCGGCGAAAGGUGCACACAUCACGCCGAAUGUAGAAGUAAAACCUUCUUUGUUCGAAGUGUUAGCGGCAGAUUCGCUGAAUGGUACAUUCUAUCCUGCAAUCAAACGCGUGGUCGAUUUUUUAGCCACGGUGAAACCUACAGUGUUUGGAGGACUCGUUCGUUAUUAUGACGAAUUCUAUUUGCUUUUCAACAGUCUCACACAAGGGUACUAUAUUAAACACUAUGGUGGCUCGUUGGCGGAGAUAUUUUACGGACUUACGAGAACAUCGUUGCGAAGCAAAACAUUCACCACGAAGGAUCGCAAUUGGUCGUUCUUGGUGCUUGUUCUGGUGCCAUACAUCGUUCGCAAGCUAGAAAAAGCUUGUGAGCGAUGGAAAGAGGAUUAUGAAAACGGAAAACACAUUCCGGCCAAUCGUAAGCUGCUGUACCAUUUGCUACCGUACGCAAGGGCGUGCUACGAAAGUGUAAAGCUGAUUAAUUAUGUGUCUUAUCUGGCCAAUGUUACCCAAACUCAUUCUCCUUCGUUGCAAAUUUUAAGACUAGGCUUAACGUACCUUCCAGAACAGGAAGAAAGUUGGUCGUUUAGGGAUGUAUUACACGGGAAAGUCAGAGUUGCUACAAUGUUAAGUUCCGCGCUUUUGCGAUGGUUGGAGUUGUCUGCAUUUUUCCUCCAAUUCAUCGAAUGGUGGCAAACGGAAGCGAAUAUUGGUGAUCUCUCGAAGCUACCGAUACCGGACGCUCCUGAACCGGAUGCUAAUGCGGCAAAGUACGCAAACGUGUGUCCAAUUUGUCUACAAAAGCACAUCAUUCCUACGGCGGUAUCCGUUUCUGGAUAUGUUUAUUGUUACCGUUGCAUUGUUACCCAUCUUCAGUCGGAAAGCAGAUGUCCUGUUACUAAGUAUCCUGCUACCAUUAACGAUUUAAUCGGAAUUUUUACCGGCGACGAUGACUGACUUGUUAAG